AUGCACGACCAGGGCGAUGGGAUCACGCGCCAGAACGAGGAGGGGCACGCCAGCUUGCUCCGACGCAGCGCUGACGAGGACGGCCAAUCACGGCUGUUGCACGGCCUGCCGUGGGCCCCACCAGCCGGUGGGCGGCGCAGGCUGCUGGGUCUGGGCGACGUGCAGUACCCUUUGGAUGGCUACUUCCUCACCAAAUCGGGCCUAUACUACGUGCAGGUGCAGCUGGGGUGGCAGAGGCAGCCGGUGAACCUGCAGGUGGACACGGGCAGCGACCUGCUCUGGACGCGCUGCAUCUGCCCCUCCUGCCCUCCACCUCACUCCAAAACCAACCACACGCAGCAGCCUGCAGGCGGACAGCAAUCUCCCAGCGCCCCUUCCCCAGCGCCACCAUCAGACCCCUCCCCCUCCGCGUCCUCCUCGCCCGCCUCGCCCCCCUCGGUGGACCCUCCCUCAUCCGCAUCUCUCAACCACGCCAGGAACAUGGCAACAGACACACCUCCUGCUGCUGCACAUGCACAUGCACAUGCAGUAGCGGCCUCAGAUGCAGGUGCAAGUGCAGGUCGGGGUUCAGAGGGAGGUCCGGGGCAAGGGUUGGUUGCUGGAGCAGGGAUGGCACUGGAGGUGGAUGGCUCACAACGGGCGCCCUCGUUACAGUCACAUGCGCGUGGUGAGGCGUCACGUGCACAGGCACAGGCACAAGCAAAAGGAGAGGGAGAAGCAAGGCCGGUGGUUACUGCAGCAGUUGGGGAAGGCAGAGAGGAGGAGCGGUGGGACGAAGAAGCUGGGCAGCUGGCAGUGCCUCGAGGGUCGCUCAUGCGGGGCGCAGCAGAAAGUGGUGGUGGUGACUGGCCCGUGCCCUCUGAGUCACAGACAGGGCAGCAGCGGCAGCGGCAGCGGCACAGCCUUGCUGCUGUGGGAGAUGUAGGUGCGGUGGAAGCGAUGCGGUCAGCCGCAUUGGAAUCAUCGUUAUCAUCACCAUCAGGAUCAUUGCCAUCAUCGCCAUUCGAAGCACAAGCAGCAACAACAACACCGGAACCUGCACCAUCACAACCAUCACAACCGCCGUCACCACCAGCGGCAUCAGAGGCAGCAGCAGCGGCAGGAGCGGCAGGAGGGGUGUGGAGCAAGGUGCAGGAGCUGGCGGGCGAGCAGCUUGUGUACUGGGCGAGCAACUCGAGCAGCCUGGGCAGUGGCGGGUGCACCGACGCCCCCUGCACUGCCCUCACCCAGAAGUACGCGCUGGAGAUGCCCGUUGGCUGCCAGGUGGGCGGGGUGCGCACGAGUCGGCGCUGCCAGUACAUGUUGGAGUACGGUGACGGCAGCACCACAGCAGGGGAUCUCCUCUUUGACUCGCUCGCGCUGCUCUCCACCUCCAAGAAAUCCGCCAACGCCACCAUCGCCUUUGGCUGCGGGGUGCACCAGUCGGGCCGUCUCGCCUCGCCCUCCUCCACGGCGUCCCUCAGCGGGGUAAUGGGGCUGGGCCGCGGGCCGCUCUCGGUGGUCACGCAGCUGGCGGCGCAGGGAGUGCUGCACGAGUCCUUCUCGCUCUGCCUCGAGGGCCGCCAGCGCGGCGGCCACCUCGUGCUGGGGAGGCGGCGCCUGCCCGACACCAAUUCUACCGUCACCGCGCCCCUCGCGCCCUCUGAUGACCUCACCGUGUACCGCCUGCCCCUGCUCGCUCUCUACCUCAACCGGUCGCCCAUCCCCAUUCCCAACGGCACCACCACCAUCACCGUCGCCCCUCCCCCGCAUGGCGUGUCCGCGCCUGCCUCAGACACCACCUUAAUAGGGGGCGAUGGGGUCACAGACACGGGGGGGGAUGGUGGGGGCGGGGGUGACAGCAACCAGGGGGGUGGUAAUGGUGAUGGCAGCGGGGGGACGGCGGGGGGGUCGCUGCCCACGGGGGCGGUGUCGGGGGGAGCGGUGAUUGACAGUGGGUCUACUUUCACGGCCCUGCCUGCGCCCAUCUUCACCGCGCUCUCCUCUGCUUUGGAGCAAGCAGUGAACCAGACCAUGAUCUGGUCGGGGUACUUCCACUGUCUGCGCACCAAGAAACGCAUGUCCAGUGCGGAGCUCGCCUCCACCUAUCCGCCUCUCCUCCUAGACUUCUCUGCCAACCUGCUCUGGACCGUCCCUGCCUACAACUACCUCUUUCACAAGGUGUGCCUACAACUACCUCUUUCACAAGACCAUGUGUGUCUUUUACACAUGCACGUGUGUGCCUCAGCACGUGCCCAUGAUCAUGCCAUCUGUUCCUCCUGUUGCCUGCUGCAGAGCGACACUCUGCUGUGCAUUGCAGCCAUUGGAUACCGGCAGUCCAACACCACAUACAUAGGAGGUGAGGGAUGGGCAGUCCAACACCACAUACAUAGGAGGUGA